UUUCGUGUUGCAUAAAGCACUUGUAUCUUGAGCUUGUUUCAUGUUGAGAGAAUUUUAACCGAUUCAUGCUAAUCUAGAUUGAAUCAGAUCAGGAUUUUUUCAUGUGAAAAUUUUUCUGCCAAUGCUAUUGCAUUGAUUGAACUUAAAUUCCAGAAUUCUAGUUAAGUUGACUUUGCCAGCUGAACCAAGAAUUGAGCGCUAAACCACUUUAGUGUGUGUCUGUCACACUUGCCCGGUCCUUUAUGACCUUCCCUACCAUUUCUGGUGACUUUGCUCAAUUCUAUUUUUUAAUUACUGUUGCUUCUCUUUUCCUCUACCAACCAUGUCUGUGCUCUUUUUCCUUAUAGGACAAUCCAUAAUAUCUAACAUACCCACAACAGGAUUUUAGCUUGUCGGUGGAAGAAGCAAUGACGGGUUGAUGAACCUUGAAAUUACCUCUUUAAUUCACUUGGAAGAUGGAAACUAACGUUGUUCAGUACUGAAAAACAUGAACCAAAAAUCAUGGCUUUGGAAGAAAAGAUCUAUGGAGAAGACAAUCUUUGCAGUGGACAAAGUUACCAUUCCUUCAAGGACCAUAGAAGCAGAGGUACAUAAAUUUCCAGCUGACAUAAAUGCUGCAGUGGAGAGAUCAUCAAAAAGUCUGAAUGAGAAGUUGGCUUCAGUCCUCCUUGAUUCUCAUGAUGCAGAGGGUUUUCCACCAAAACAUGAACAGACGUCCCGAGGGAAAAUUGAAGGUGAAGAUAAAGCAACAGAAGUAGUGGAGUCCUGCGAAAAGGAAGGAGAUGAAGAUUUAAUUAAAGAAACAUCAACUGAAAGUAUGUUUGGUGCCGUACCAGAUUCAUCAAAAGAGCAUGAGAAGAUUCAGAAGGAGUUGGAAGAAAAGUUGCAGGAAAAUUGUAAAAGGCUAGCUGACUUAACCAUAGAGAAUACUAGUCUAACUAAUGCUCUUCUUGCCAAAGAUAAAUCUAUUGGAGACCUGCUAAACCGUAACCGUCAGAUGGAUGCAGAAUACAGUACACUAGUUGAUAGAUUGGAUUCCACAGUGAAAGAAAAUGCUUUCCUCAAAUAUGAAUUUCACAUGCUUGAGAAGGAACUUGAGAUUCGAAAAGAAGAGAUGGGAUAUAGUCGCCAGUAUGCAGAAGCUUCACACAAACAAUAUCAAGAAACUGUUCAGAAAGUCUCAAAGCUAGAAGUUGAGUGUCAGAGACUCCAUCUGUUGCUGCAGAAAAGGGCGCCCCAGUCUGCUAUGGUGAAUAGGAAGAAUGAAGUUGGUAUUAUGGGAGGAGAUAAAGAUAUGAGAAGAAGAUCAAAUCCUACCAGAGAUUUGAUCUGCAACAAAACUGCUAGAGGAAAUUCUCCUGAAGUAUCUAACAAGAGCAUCAACUUGAUGAUCAAACGUUUGCAGGAUCUGGAUGAGGAAAACAAGGCUCUCAAAAGGAUUCUAACCAAGAAAAACUCUGAACUGGAAUCUUCAAGAAAUAUGUAUGCUCAAACAGCUACCAAAUUAUCACAGGCUGAGAUUCUAGUUAGAAAGCUAUCUCUCGAUCACAAGUCCAUGGAGCUAGGAAGGUUUUAUCCUGUAUCAAAUGAGCUUUCUGUUGUAUCAAAGUUUGAUAUUGCUAGUGAUGAUGGUGUUAGCUCUUCAGGAUCCUGGGCAAAUGCACUUAUUUCUGAACUGGAACAUUUGACAACUGGAGAGAUUAAAGAUCAGAAGAUCCGUAAAGCCAUUGAAGUUUCAGAGAUGAGUUUGCUGGAUGAUCUCACUGAGAUGGAGAAGCGUGCUAUAGUUUCUGUUGAUACACCUAAAAGAGAAUAUUACUCUGAUUUAACUAGUAGAGAACUAGUGCUACUUGAACAAGAAUUUGGCUUCAGUGACGGGAAGCAGGAGACGGAAUUCAGAUUUGCAACUUAUGAGAAUUCAUUUGAUUGGCUUCAGAUUGUUUUGAAAGCCACCUUGGAGCAGCAGCGCAUAUCAAAACGAAGUUUUCAUGAACUCUUUGAGGACAUAAGAAUUGCUUUGGGUUGUAUAAACCCUCCAACUUCCUGUAAAUCUGAUACUGCUCAAAAGUUCAGGAAUUCUAGCAGCUUCAACAGUGCUACGGAGGAAAAAAGCAACCAAUACCUGAGUUCCAAUUUGAGAAAUUCAAUGAGUAAGAUUAUCAAGCUGAUUGAAGACAUUUCUCCUGUGUCAUUAAUCUGCAACAAUUGCCCAUAUGAUUGCUUGGAGAACCAGAAUCCCAGAAUACCUCAAUCACCAACAUCCAAGGAAUACUUUGUUCACGUUUUCCAGUGGAAGCUUUCUGACUUGAAUCCACUUCUCCAUCAACUUGUUCAUACAUGUAAGGAUUUAUUAAGUGGAAGAGCUGAUCUAGAAGAAUUUGCACAUGAAGUAGCAUUUGCUUUGGACUGGAGCAUAAAUAAUUGUGCCAGCCCCACUAAUUCUUCAGUUGCAAGGGAUAGAAUCAAGAAGCAUUUUAGUUGUCAUGAUUCACAAAAUGGGAAUGAAAACCAAAUAGUUGAUGAUAAGACGUCUUUAAGUUCACCGUUAGUUGUUUCCCCAGAUGAUCAACGUGCGUUCUCUAACAUGAAUGAUAAUCAGAAUGAUCUCCUUAAAGAGAACAGAAAAUUGAAAGAUGAGCUGAGGAGUACAGAAUCUGUGAAGAAUAACUUGGAAGCGAAGCUUCAAUUAGUGAAUGAGGAGAGUCAGGGCCUGAAGAAACAACUCCAAGAAGCACAAAAUACCAUUACAGGACUACAAUCGGAAUUGGAGACACAGAAGGAAUCCAAUGAAAUCAUUGUGGAUCAGAUUGAAAAACAGAAACUUAUAAAUGAAGAUCUUGAUACUCAGCUUGCAAUAUCGCAUGCCAAGUUAAAUGACAUCUUCCAGAAAUUGUCCUCUUUAGAAGUUGAAUUGGAGGACAAGAAAAACUCUUGUGAGGAAUUAGAAGCAACAUGUCUAGAGCUUCAACUCCAGAUAGAAAGUAUAGCAAAGAAAGAAGCUCCAGUACAUGGCGGACAUGAAGUGGAAAAGAUGCAUCAAACUGGCUUGGAGAUCACAACAGCUUCAUCAAAGUUGGCAGAGUGCCAAGAAACCAUAUUAAACCUUGGAAAGCAGCUGAAGGCACUUGCCUCGUCAAGUGACAGUGCACUUUUUGAUAGCGUUUUCCUGAAAACCAGUGCUAUGGCCAACCCAACUCAUGAGAAGAACUUGUUCAAACGAUCCUCUUUGCGCAGCCAAAUGCAAGCUGAGGAUGAUACUAAAUCAGGGAUCCUUCCCUCUUACCAAAUUGAAGGAAAUAAAACUAUUAGUGGUGUUAAGAAGCCACCCCCUCUUCAGUCUGAUAACAGUAAUGUUCUACAAGUUCCCAAUACUCAGGAAACAAAUCUAGCCUCGGAUCAAAAUGAUAGAAGCAAUAUUGCUCUGGGUGCUCUGGCAAUGGUGCCAGCUAGAAAACAAGGAGGAUUUGGUUUACUGAGAAAGCUGCUGCUAAGAAGGAAGAGAGGGAGGGGUAAAGGAACCCAGUCCUUGGGGAAAACAUGACUCUGAAAAGGCAAGAGUAUAUAGAGUAAUUCUUAGGUAUGCUCCUCGCACUUAAGAUAGGUACAAGAAGAAAAUAAGAACUUACCAAAAUGAGAGAGUGGAUUUCACAACAAAAAUGCUCUCUUUUUCGAGUUUUUAUCAUUUCUUGUACCAAUCUUCAACGCAAGGAGUGUUUCUGAGAAACUUUGACUAGGACUAGGCCCAAGAUUUGUGUUUAAAAUAAUACUUGCCUCCCAUGACAAUCAAUUAUUCUGUUUGAAUGUAAUGAUUGAUUGAUUUUAGCAUGACGUGAUUUUCGCUUUUAUAGGCUGGCCUCUUUGAUGAUUGGAUUUGGAGAUUAUUGUAGUUUGAACUUGAAACCCCCCAGUGUACAUAAAAGUUGUAUUAAAGAUAUUUGAUAUUAAACUUUGUAAUA